AUGGAAGCCGGGGCAUGUCACGUGACAGACACGGAAGCGGAAAGAGGACUAGGGCUUAGGGCACUCCCCGUCGGUCCACCUUUGCUAAGCGAGAAAUCCUCAAAUGUGCAUCGCCUCCUCCGCCUCGAACUCAGCGACCGACUGCCGACACCAACGAAAACUCGCAACGAACCCGUGUGA